GUACACUUUAUUGCCAAUCUCAAAAUCAAACAAAAUAAACAGCUUCUAGUACACAAUGCAUUCUUCUUAUUCACUUCCUGUUUUUCUUACCAUCUUCCUCGCUACAAUAUUAACAGGCCAAGCUGUUGUGCCAUUGGACAAAAGAUUCAGCUAUGUUAACAGUGGGCCGCUAGGCGAGUUCAGCGUUGAAUUCGGUGACUACCGUCCUUCAAACAUUGCCACCUUUCCGUUCAUGCUUUGUUUUCAAAACGCCACUCCUGACGCCUUCACUUUAAGUCUCCGAAUGGGCAACCGUCACGACGAGUCGAAGAUGCUUUGGGUCUGGACCGCCAAUCGGGGAAAGCCGGUUCAUGAGAAUGCCACACUUGCAUUCGGUGCUGAUGGGAACCUUGUUUUGACGGACGCUGAUGGCUCAAUUGCGUGGCAAACAGGUUCGGCAAAUAAGGGUGUGGUAGGUUGGGAGUUACUUGACAUUGGUAAUCUUGUCUUGUAUGAUGCAAAGGGUGCCUAUAUUUGGCAAAGUUUCGAUCAUCCAAGUGAUACACUUUUGAUAGGCCAAGGACUCCAUCUUAAUGGAGCCACAAAGUUGGUUAGUAGAUUGUCCUAUACGGAGGAUGCUGAUGGUCCUUACACCCUCGUAAUGGAGCAAAGGCAUUUGGCCAUGUAUUACAAGAGCCAAAACGCAGCAAAUCCAUUACUAUACUACAAGUAUGACGAAUUUGGAGAUGGCAAGGGCGUUUUAGCAGAUGCAGUCUUUGAUGUCAACGGUGACGCUUUCUACACAAACGAACUCUUUCUUUUAUACGACAUGAAAAAUUCCCCCGCCUCUGGAACUAGAUUAUUGGCUAGGCCAAAGUACAAUUCUACUUAUUCGAUGCUUCGUCUUGAUAUAGACGGAAAUUUCAGAAUAUACACCUACUACCCGAUUGUUGAUUGGGGUGCAUGGGAAGUUACAUAUAAAGUUCUAAAUAGCGAAGAUGAUGUGGAGAGUACUAGCGAAUGCAGAUUGCCAAAAAGGUGUGGAGCUUUAGGGGUCUGCGAAGACAAUCAGUGUGUGGCUUGUCCAACAGCUGCGGGUCUGCUCGGGUGGAGCAAGAGUUGUGCGCCUCCAGUGUUACCACCGUGCAAAGGAUCAAGAGCAAAUGUGGACUACUACAAAGUGGUGGGUGUGGAACAUUUCUUGAAUGGAUAUACGGAAGGAGGGCGUAUGAAAAUCGGUGACUGCAGAGAAAAAUGCAACAAAGAUUGCAAAUGCUCAGGCUUUUUCUACAGGGAAGAGUCUUCAAAAUGCCUGUUGGUUCCGGAACUUGGUACUUUGAUCAAGGUGUCCAAUCCUUCUCAUGUUGGUUAUAUCAAGAUGUCUAAAUAGUUCUUGUACACAUUUUUAUACCAGUGUCCUUGCGUGUAAAUAAAUAAAUUGGAUGAGUGGAUUAAGGCGUGAAUUGUAAUAUGUGGUUAAUUUAGUAAUACAUUUCUAUAAUUUUUCAUUCUAAAA